CGUGUUGAGGUAUAAAUGCAACCAGGGACAGACAUCUCUCAGACAAAGCAGCAGCAGAUCAGAGAUCCUCUCAGCCUCCAACAGACCGACAGGAUGUUGUGUCCCAGCAUCUUCCAGGCGACUCCGGCUGCCAUGAGGCCCUUCUUGGAGCUGCACUGGCCCAUCCGCAGCCUGUGGCCCGAGACCCGGCCGCUCUUCUUCCAAAUGGAGCAGGAGAUGAUUCGCCACAUGCAGGAGAUGAGGCAGAGCAUGGAGUACAUGGAGCGGCUGCACCAGAAGAUCUUCGAAGAGAUCGACCAGACUUCCUGCUCUGCGGGGGCUUUGAGGCCCAUCGCCUUCCAGGAGCUGGGGAAGGACAGUGACAAGUUCGCACUGAGUCUGGACACGGCCGAGUUUGCCCCGCAGGAGCUGUCCGUUAAACAGGUCGGCAGGAAGCUGCGGGUGAGCGGCAGAACGGAGAAGAAGCAGGAGGACGGAAAGGGCUCCUAUUCCUACAGGUGUCAGGAGUUCAGGCAGGAGUUUGACCUGCCGAACGGCGUCGACCCAGAGACUGUCAGCUGCUCGCUGGUGGGGGGGCGGCUGCAGAUCCAGGCGCCCCGGGAGAAACCGCCAAGCGACGGGAAAGAACGAAUCGUCCCCAUCAACGUCACCUCUGCCCCGGCCAUUACCUCAGAGAACAGCAGUCCCCCCGCAGAGAGCAGCCUAGCCGAGAAAAACUGAACAGAAUGACACAUCUCAACAGAUAACCUAUCUACCGGAGGAGCCAGGAAGUUUCUCUCAUUGCACUUUGAUUUUUAACAGCUUUAAAGUUGUUGCUUUUAUAAAAAUAAACAGCCAUUAUAAAAAUUUCAAAUAUUAUAUUAACUUAACACUAAAUAAAAUUAAAAAUUCAUUCUAAAUUUAAAUGUAAAUCUAUUCAUCUUUAUACUUUUAGAUAUUUUUGUCUAUAAUCUGAAAACCUACCAUCAGUGAAGCAUCUGUUGAUAGCAGGUCUAUGAGCUGGUUAAUCCUUUGUUCUUCUGACCUCAGAGCAGUUUGAUAUUAGUGUUUUUAUUUUAAAUUUAGUGAACUAAAGAAGUUCUUCAUGUAGGAUCUUUGUUUUUGUUUGUAAAUAAUUUCAGUCAUGUUUUAACAUUUCACAUCAAAACUCUGUUGACCUCCUGACACAAACUAGGGUCAGAGAAGCAACCGUUGCUGUUCAUCAACCUGGCGAGGGUCAAAGGUCAUUUCCAGGAUGCUCAGAGAUAUGAGCUCAUCUCUGCAGGUCUCAGUUAGCAGGAUAAGGUUAAAGAUCAAGACAAAUAACUUAUAUGGCUGCUUGAAAGGGUUGAAGAAGAAAGCCUCUUCUCUCUAGAAACAAGAUGACGGCAGGACUGAGCGUAUCAGUCCUGCAAAGACUUCUGGGACAAUGUCCUCUGGACUGAUGAGACCAGAGUGGAGACAUUGGACCGUGAUGAAUAGAACCCAGAUGGAAGAAACCAAACCCAGCAUAUCAGCAAAACGGGAGAGGAAAAUAAAACACAGGACACCAUUUUUUCCACUUUUCUUGUAAAAUAAUUCUCAGUAAACUUAAUUUAUUCACAAACUGCUUUUCAAAUUGUCAUGUUGACAUUUGUCUUUUCUGGUAAAUCACGUACAAUAAAAAACAUUUCUAAAAGACA